UGGUUAUUGGCAGGUGGGCCGUGGCAAAACUGCUUCUCAUCUCACAACAUUACAUUAGGAGCCGGGAUUUUCUCUCUUCGGGAACACUACUAAACUUCCAACAUGCCUAAGUGCCCAAAGUGCAGCAAGGAAGUGUACUUUGCCGAGAGGGUGACAUCACUAGGGAAGGACUGGCAUAGACCCUGUCUGAAGUGUGAGAAGUGUAAUAAGACUCUGUCAGCAGGCUCACAUGCAGAGCAUGAGGGGAAGCCGUACUGUAAUAACCCUUGCUACGCUGCACUCUUUGGACCCAAAGGUUUCGGGCGUGGUGGUACCGAGAGCCACACAUACAAAUAGUCUGACACAAGUUUAAUCCCUCACUAAACACACGUUUACUGAGGAGAGAAGACAACCUUUUUUGACUGCCAUAUUAUGUAAUUUGUUAUACCAAAAAAGAAGAAGAUGAACCAGCAACCAAGUGUAUGUUUUGAAAAUAUCAACUUGUAUUAUUGCCGCUGUUAAUGUUAUUUUGGGGAAAGUAGCUUAACUUAGCACAUGUCAUGAAUGGUUUUUAAGCAAUGUUAAAAAUUUAUGCAGUA